AACCUAUUUAUAGAUGUAUUUCACAGCUUCGCGCGGUUGAUCUAAAACCAAAAAUUUGGAGCUAAAGGAGGCGCGGGGAGGAAGGAGGAUACGCGGGAGGAAGAUUUGGACUGAAAAUUUUCGGCCAGAGGAGGCGCGCCGAGGAAGAAGAUGCGCGGGGAGGAAGAGGAGGCGCUCGCACGAGAACGGCAAAUGCAUGCAUCGCGGCUGGGCGUUGGUUAGGCAGGAUAUUGAAGACAGUUUUGCAUGCUGGGCGUUGAUCGCGGCUGGAGUAUCACGUACGUGGGCCUGCAUGGAGAGCUGAAAAGACAUCCUAUUAAAUGCUGAUUUUGCUUCCUUUUGUGCAGCGCUCUGAUUGGAAAUUAAGCUGGUCGCGGUGCUCCUCCUCAGCCAAUCUACAGCCACCUAGGUCAUGGUGCUACUCCUAAGAUGACUUAUACACCCGGACGGAGGGAGUAGAUAGUUUCGCGAGCCAGCCCAAGCAGAAUAGAAUUUUACCGUAAGUGUGCCCAUGCUCGUUGCCACCGGGGUGCCCAAACAAAGGCUAAAGUAAAGUUCAUCGGGAGCCACACUAAAGAUUCCCCCUCCCCUAUCCUGGGAGCCCGUUGCCCUCGUCUUUCUCCAUCUCCUCCAGAUCAACCGACUGUCACGCUACCACACACCAUUACCAGUUGCUGAAGAGUGAGAGUGAGCAGUAGAGGCGCUGCUCUGUCCUGACAUUGCACGCCCUUGUCGCCGAGCUCUGCAUUGCGUCCGCUAGCAGCCAUCCUCGAUGGGGUUGCCGGGAUGUAUCGCCGUCAUUGUGCUCCUUCUGAUUUCAUGGAGAGAGGGGGAGGCGGCGAUGUUCACGUUCGUCAACCGGUGCGCGGACACGGUGUGGCCGGGCGUCCUGUCCAACGCCGGCACAGCGCGGCUCGGCACCACGGGGUUCGAGCUCCCGCCGGGCGCGUCGCGCGCGGUGCCGGCGCCCUCUGCCUGGUCCGGCCGCCUCUGGGCCCGCACCGGAUGCGCGCAGGACGGCGCGUCGGGGCGGCUCGUCUGCGCCACCGGCGACUGCGGCUCCGGCACGGCCGAGUGCGCCGGCGCCGGCGCGGCGCCCCCCGCGACGCUGGCCGAGUUCACGCUCGACGGGACGGGCGGGCUGGACUUCUACGACGUCAGCCUGGUGGACGGGUACAACCUGCCGGUGCUGGUGGAGCCGUCCUCCGGAGAGCGCCCCGGCGGCGCGUCGAGCGCCGGGUCCUGCGCUUCGGCGGGGUGCGCGGCGGACCUGAACGCGAUGUGCCCAGCCGAGCUCCGGUCCGGCGGCGGCGCUGCCUGCCGGAGCGCGUGCGACGCGUUCGGGCGACCCGAGUACUGCUGCAGCGGCGCCUACGCCAACCCCGGGACGUGCCGGCCGACGUCCUACUCGCAGGUGUUCAAGAUGGCCUGCCCGCGCUCCUACAGCUACGCCUUCGACGACCCCACCUCCACCUUCACCUGCGCCGGCGGCCCCGACUACACCGUCACCUUCUGCCCCGGCGCCACCCCGAGCCAGAAGUCGACCACGGUGCCGGCGGCCACGACGCCGACGCAAACGACCCCCACGCCGACGACGGUGCCUCGGAUGGAGACGCCGACAACGACGGUGCCUGCGACGGAUACGCCGGCGAUGAUGCCGGGGAUGACGUUCACGGACGCCAACCAGGACAGCAUGCCGAUGCCGAUGGGCGGCGAGGCCGGGACUGGUGGUGGCGGCAGCAUCCAGGGGCAGGGCGUGAUCCUCGGGGGCGCCAGCAGCGACGCCUGGCUCGCCAACAUGGCCACCGGCGACGUGACGGGCGCAGCAGCGACAUCACGCGCCGCAACCUCGGCGCGGCUAGUCGCCGCGCCAUUGGUGCUGCUCGCGCUCCAUCUGCUGCGAUAGAUGGAGGUCGCCGGAGCACUGAUUGAUCGGUGCAAUGUGUACGGGUGAAAAGAAAGAGAGAUUGGUUGUAGGAUUAGAUUUGGAGAAACCAUUGUAACAUUCCGUGUUGAUGGGAUUUUGUUUUAUGUAGGAGAUUGUUGGUUAACUGAUGUUUUAGCUCAGUUCAGCUCCGGUAUAAUCAUUGUAACUCAACCGGCAUCGCUAACCGAGACAACGCAGGGACACUUAGGCGGUGUUUGUUUCAGUUUCAGGACCAGGUACAACUUUUCUGAAACAAACAGCUAUUCGAAUCA